ACCUACCACUUCCAUGCCAACCAAGCAGCACCUAACUUCUUAGAAUUGAUCUAUAAUUUGGUCUAUUUAGUUAUUGCUGUUCUUGUUCAAAUCGAAAAGAAGGCUAAAACAACUUCAAUUUUCCUUCUGCAUCCGUUCUCACAAUUUGAAUACCAUAACAGAUUCAAGUUGGCUGAGAAACAAAAGCAUAGAAGCUUCUAAAUUUAAAGCUGCCCACCAAAUAUGUUGUCCUCAAUUUCAACGCCUGCUGUCAUCACUUGCAAGGCUGCUGUGGCAUGGGGAGCUGGAGAAGCACUGGUGAUGGAGGAGGUGGAAGUCAGCCCUCCCCAGCCUAUGGAGAUUCGUAUCAAGGUUGUAGCUACUUCACUUUGUCGCAGCGACGUUACCGCUUGGCUUUCCCAGGCACACAUUCAUAUAUUUCCCAGGAUUUUUGGGCAUGAAGCAUCGGGUAUUGUUGAGAGUGUGGGGCAAGGAGUAACUGAAUUUGAACCAGGAGACCAUGUCCUAACUUUGUUUACUGGAGAAUGCAUGAAAUGUAAGCACUGCACCUCAAAUAAAAGCAAUAUGUGCCAGGUGCUAGGCUUGGAACGGCAAGGUCUAAUGCAUAGCGAUCAUAAAACACGCUUCUCAAUAAAGGGGAAGCCUAUUUUCCACUAUUGUGCAGUUUCAAGUUUCAGUGAAUACACAGUUGUGCAUUCUGGAUGUGCUGUUAAAAUUUGCUCGACUGCUCCUCUUGAUAGAAUAUGCCUGCUCAGUUGUGGUGUUGCAGCAGGACUAGGUGCAGCUUGGAAGGUUGCUGACAUAUCUGAAGGGUCAACUGUGGCCAUUUUUGGUCUUGGAACUGUUGGUCUUUCUGUUGCCCAAGGUGCUAAGCUAAGGGGAGCAUCUCGAAUCAUUGGCAUUGACAUUAAUCCUGAAAAGAGCGAGAAAGCAAAGGCUUUUGGAGUAACGGACUUUUUAAACUCAAGUGAAUGCAAAGAACCAAUUCAGCAGGUUAUAAAACGCAUCACAGAUGGAGGGGCUGACUACUCCUUUGAAUGUAUUGGAGAUACAGACAUGAUUACAACUGCAUUACAGUCUUGUUGUGAUGGAUGGGGCAUGACUGUUACUCUUGGUGUACCAAAAGUGAAGCCAGUGAUAACAGCUCAUUAUGCAUUUUUUCUUACUGGAAGAACAUUAAGAGGUUCCCUUUUUGGGGGAUGGAAACCAAAAUCUGAUAUCCCAACAUUGGUGGACAUGUAUUUGAAGAAGGAAAUCCAGAUUGAUGAACUCAUUACGCAUGAUCUUCCAUUUGAAGAUGUAAACAAAGCUUUUGAUCUGAUGAGGGAAGGAAAUUGCUUGCGUUGUGUCAUCCACAUGCCCAAGUAGAUUUCAUUCGUGAUGAAUUUGACAAUACAAAGCAACUUCCCCAAUAUGGCACCAGGAUUUCACAGGAUAGGUUAAAAAAAAACCUACUUCUUGAGAGGUAUUUCCUGCUCCUGUUGGAUUUGCACUGGGCCAACUUGGUAUAGUAUUAAGAUGGUGAUUAAAAUUGAGCUGUUGGAUUUUUACUCUGGUAAAUUUUAUCAAUUUUUGGCCCCAUUUGGGAAGGAGGGGGGGGGGGUAUCUCAUUUAGUGAAAAUUUAUCCUAUUCGAGUCACUUACCAAUUCAGUGUAUAAUUUGUUUAUCAAAUAAGGUAGCUUGUUUGAUUUCUUACUUGUAAUCUGAAGAAAACCAUCUCAUACUUUCUGAAGAUUUCCUAUUUUCAGUGCA